GAGAAGUGUGCGCCUGCGCAGUGGGCCUCCUCUGACCUUCAUUCAAGUGAAAAUGUUCGCUCGGACAAGCGCCGCCGUGUUUCUACCACAAUGUGGCCAAGUCAGGAACAUGGCUACUUUAAAGGACAUCACCAUCCGGCUGAAGUCCAUCAAGAACAUCCAGAAGAUUACGAAGUCUAUGAAGAUGGUUGCUGCUGCUAAGUACUCCAGGGCAGAGAGGGCGCUGAAGCCAGCCCGUGUGUAUGGGACUGGUGCUCUCGCCCUGUACGAGAAAGCUGAAAUCAAGGCACCUGAAGACAAAAACAAGCAUCUGAUCAUCGGUGUGUCCUCGGACCGUGGUCUUUGUGGUGCCAUCCAUUCCAGUGUGGCGAAGGCCAUGAAGAGCGAGAUCUCCAAGCUCACCAGUACGGGAAAGGAAGUCAUGUUGGUGAAUGUGGGGGAUAAGCUGAGAGGCCUGUUGAAUAGGACACAUGGCAAACAUUUCCUGAUCAACUGUAAGGAAGUGGGCCGUAAACCCCCCACCUUUUCAGAUGCUUCGCUCAUCGCCACUGAACUGUUGAAUUCAGGCUAUGAGUUUGACCAAGGCACCAUCAUCUACAACAGAUUCAGGUCUGUUAUUUCCUAUAAGACUGAUGAGAAGCCUCUUUUUUCCAUGGACACUGUUGCAAACUCAGAGAAUAUGAGCAUCUAUGAUGACAUUGAUGCUGAUGUCCUAAGAAACUAUCAGGAGUAUGCCCUGGUAAACAUUAUUUACUUUGGGCUGAAAGAGUCGACCACCAGUGAGCAGAGUGCCAGGAUGACUGCCAUGGACAGCGCCAGCAAGAACGCUUCUGAGAUGAUCGACAAGCUCACCCUCACCUUCAACCGUACCCGCCAGGCUGUCAUCACCAAGGAACUCAUUGAGAUCAUUUCUGGUGCUGCAGCUCUGUAAGUACAUGGUUCUAAAUCUCCUAUCAUCCCAAAAUGUCCAUUUCACUUUGCAUAAAUUUUUUUUACCUGCAGAGCUGUUUCCAGGGUUUACAGGAUGCAUAAGCAUAUAUCUAGAGCCAAAUAAAAGAAUUUCUCAGUAAGAUGACAUUUUCUGAGGAAAAAUUAAUGUUAAUUCUCAAAUCAUGGUUUUAAAAAAAAAACUGAAUUAUAGGUUAAACAUGCACAGCUGCUUAAUCUCCGCUAAUGUCUUCAUGAUCAUCUGUCCCCAUCUCUUCAACAUGAUUUCAGGGAGUGAAGAAUAUGUUAAAUGAUUAUAUGAGAGGUAAUGUGGUAGAACUGACUAGUCUUAGGAAUAGCGUUUUUGUUGGGUAGCUCUGUAAAUACAACAUUGUAGUAAGUCCUGUUUGGUGUUCCCAGUAGAUUCUCUGAAAUUAUUUCAGAGCUUUUCUCCUUAGCAAUUGUUAGCAGUUGAAAGUGCUUUUCACAUUGUCUGUUGGG